AUGCCCAAUUCACUCACCGGCCUCCUUCCCAAUAAACAGUCGGGGCAAGCCCACACCCCCAUACCACCAUCCUUGCAGGCAAAGAUGGCUGCAAUGGCGAACAGGGCCUCUUCGUCGCAGAAUAUCCACAAUCCAAAUCAAUCACCGGAUCUGCGGACGGCGCACUCGUUCCCCUCGCCAUCUCCUUCCAUCCGCGGCCGGGGCGGAACGUCGAUGCCUGGACGCCGUCUGAAACCAGGGUUCACGCUCAAAGACAUCGAUCCGACUGCGAUUCCUUCGCCGAGCACAAGUGGUGGGGCUCACGGCGCGGGUUUGGGUGCAGGCCGCCCUGCUCUACCACCAUCAGAGCUUCCUAGAAGAACUCCACCAGCUAAUUUUGGGACACCCUUCGCGAAUUUCUCCAAGAUAGUAGAUCCUUCUGGUGCUCUUAAUUUCAACGGCAAAGCCAUCCUGCAUGCCACGGGCGUGAACUUCAACAGCGGCGCAUCGUUCGCCAUCAACAUGGACCAGCUGCAGCUCGACGAGGAGCUCGGCAAGGGCAACUACGGGACGGUCAAGAAAGUGCUGCACAAGCCAACAAAUGUCGCUAUGGCCAUGAAGGAAAUUCGACUUGAGCUUGAGGAGGCAAAGCUCAACGCUAUCAUCAUGGAACUCGACAUCCUGCACCGUGCCGUCGCCCCAGAGAUCGUAGAGUUCUACGGCGCCUUCUUCAUCGAGUCCUGUGUAUACUAUUGCAUGGAGUACAUGGAUGCCGGCAGUCUGGACAAACUACUGGGGGCCGGUGUUCCCGAAGACGUCCUGGGUCGCGUAGCGAGUAGCAUGGUCAAAGGUUUAAAAUUUCUCAAGGAUGAACUUCAAAUUAUCCACCGAGAUGUGAAACCCACGAACGUACUUGUCAACCGUAAAGGGCAAAUCAAGCUCUGUGACUUCGGAGUGUCCGGACAGCUCGAGAAGUCUCUUGCGAAAACCAACAUCGGUUGCCAAAGCUACAUGGCCCCGGAGCGGAUCAAAGGCGAGUCCCAAAAUAAUCUGGGCACAUACACCGUGUCCUCCGACGUCUGGUCCCUUGGUCUGUCCAUGAUCGAGCUGGCUAUCGGUCAAUAUCCGUAUCCGCCUGAGACAUACUCCAAUGUCUUCGCUCAGUUGACAGCCAUCGUUCACGGUGACCCGCCGGGAUUGCCGGAGGAUAAGUAUAGCGAAGACGCGAGAGACUGGGUCAGUAAAUGUCUUAUCAAGACGCCAGAGCGUCGAGCCACAUAUACCGAGUUGCUGGCACAUCCAUUCCUUGAAGCCGAUUCAAAACGAGAAGUUGACAUGAUCGGCUGGGUCAAAGAUGCCCUUGCCCAUCGAGAACAGCAGCACAAUUUAGUUACUGCUACCCUCGUUCCCCCACUGGCGUCGCUAUCAACGGAGCCGAACUCUGUUUGA